AUGUUCGGUCGCACCGAGAAGUUUGACACAAGCCAACCGCGAACUCCGGAUCUCACGCACCCAGUUCAUCCACUUUUCGAAGACCUCGGGGAAUUGCACCACGGUCCCCUUAUGGUUUGUCGACUGGCAUCCUUGCUAUUGGAAAAAGCCCUGCCAUUCUUCCAUGCCAUUCUGGUUGUAGGAGACUCGCUUCCCAAUUGUACCGGUGGAGUUGAGCAUUUUUGUCCUGAGCCAAAAGCCUCGCUGACUACUGACGAGCAAGAACAGACACGCAAGAUGCUCGCUGAGCUCGCGACUGGCGUAACCAUCUACCCUGGCUUCCCACCAAAUUGGGACGUCGAACCGGCACAACUUGGACAGACCUGCCCAGACUACAAUGUCGAGUUUCCGCACUUAAGCGGCCGUGGUAGCACCAUCUUCCUGAACUCCGACAGGAUCAAAGCCUUAUAUCGUGCAGCAAAGUCUAAUGAUCAUGCGGCGUUCUUCUGGUAUACUUUGCAACUGGCGAAGACAAUGGUCCAUGAAGUUGCCCAUGCUGCGGUGUUAAGUACCAUGUCUUGCACCUUCGCUGUCGAAUCCCGUCACGUGUACGACACCAUGUUCAUAGGGCUAUCGCAAUUCUCGGAACAUGGACUUGAUCUGGAGAACUUUCUCUUUGGAGGUGUCGUAAAUAGGAUAGCGCCGUGGAAACGCGAGGCUUUCUAUUUCGAUGGCGACAAGCCAAGUUCUUUGGAUUUCAUGAUCACUCUUGGGGACUAUCCUGACCCCCUCACUGAGGAUCUGUACGUUUAUUGCAAGCAUCGAGGCCCUCCACUUGCCGACGCUCUAACUGAAUGGCAUGUUUCACUGUCCUGGAUCCAUCAACUUCUACUGCAAAGCUUCUGGGAUAGUGCGCUGAAGAGUGACAAUUCCGCUUUGCACCCGCCGCGAACCUCUGGCAUAAUCCUAGGCCGACUACGCAAUCCCGAAAGCAUGAAGGCUGUAGAGUCUCGCAUCGAGGAGCUGAGAGCAGCUGGCGUGUACAAUGUCACCGAUUUUGGGUACAUUUCCUUGGACCCCAUUGUUGGUCCCCCAAAAACUGGGAUUGCGGCCUCAGCCAUUCGGAAAGUGAAAGACUUGUCGAGAUGGAUGUUUCACGAGCCUAUGGUAUGGGGCCCUCUUGACAACUCGUGGUACUAG